CAGUGCACGGGAGGAGGAGAAUAGAGGCUGCUGUGAGGAGGCUCACACCUGUGUGUGGAGGCUGGCUGAGGCAGGAGGAUGCAUGAGCCCUCAUCCCAGCCCAGGGUCUAGCAGGCAGCCGCACACUCUCUCUCCCCAGCCUGUGACCACACCGUGACUGCUCCCCUCCGCCAGCAGCAGACAUGAGGCUGAAGCCCGGCUUCCUCCUGCGCAGCCUGCUGGUGCUGGCCACUUUCCUGGCUCUGCUCAUCCUCUGGUCCUCGCUCUCCUCCGGUCGGACAGAGCCCCCGCGCUCGCAGCUGGCCCGGGAAGAAAACGCAAAUGUCGCUCAGCCUGGAAAAGCAGAAAAUAACCUAGCCCCCAAAAAUGAAUUCCAGCCUGUUGUGCCAUGGCCCCGUGUGGAGGGUGUAGAAGUAGACCUGGAGUCUAUCCGCAGGAAGAACAAGAUCCAAAAUGAACAAGAUGGGAAGGUUAAUAAUCAGCAGAACGUUAUGCAGCGCCAGUUUCUUACUUUUAAGCCCCAGAAACACGUGUAUCCAGAACCAGUGCUUCGUCCGGGAGUUCUGGGAAAUUUUGAAUUUAAAGAACCUGAACCCCAGGGUGUGGUAGGUGGCCCAGGAGAAGGAGGAAAGCCAUUCAUUUUGGGAUCAGACUACAAAGAAUCCAUCCAGGCCAGCAUUAAGGAAUUUGGAUUUAACAUGGUCGCCAGUGACAUGAUCUCAUUAGACAGAACAGUCAACGACUUGCGUCAUGAAGAGUGCAAAUACUGGAGUUAUGAUGAGAACUUGCUCACGUCCAGUGUGAUCAUUGUUUUCCAUAAUGAAGGCUGGUCGACGCUCAUGAGGACCGUUCACAGUGUUAUCAAGAGGACCCCUAGAAAAUACCUGGCUGAGAUUGUCAUGAUAGAUGAUUACAGUAACAAAGAACAUUUAAAGUCAAGGCUGGACAAUUACGUCAAGCAGUGGAAUGGGCUGGUAAAGGUAUUUAGGAACGAACGUAGAGAGGGGCUUAUACAGGCCCGAAGCAUCGGAGCCCAGAAGGCGAAACUAGGACAAGUUUUAAUUUAUCUGGAUGCACACUGUGAAGUGGGAAUUAAUUGGUAUGCUCCUUUAAUAGCUCCUAUAGCCCAAGACAGAACUGCUUGUACUGUUCCACUAAUAGAUUACAUUGAUGGCAAUGUUUAUACCAUUGAGCCACAGCAAGGUGGGGAUAGCGAUGGUUUUGCUCGAGGGGCCUGGGACUGGAGCAUGUUAUGGAAACGAAUUCCAUUAAGCGACAGAGAAAAGGCCAAACGAAAGCAUAGAACUGAACCUUAUUGGUCUCCUGCCAUGGCCGGAGGAUUAUUUGCGAUCGAGAGAGAGUUCUUCUUCGAGUUGGGUCUUUAUGACCCAGGUCUUCAGAUCUGGGGAGGAGAGAACUUUGAAAUUUCCUACAAGAUCUGGCAAUGUGGAGGAAAGCUAUUGUUUACACCUUGUUCACGUGUGGGUCACAUCUACCGUCUGCAUGGGUGGCAAGGAAACCCACCCCCAGUUUAUGUGGGAUCCUCACCAACACUGAAGAACUACGUUAGAGUUGUAGAGGUUUGGUGGGAUGAGUACAAAGACUAUUUUUACGCCAGCCGUCCUGAAACAAAAGCUCUGGCUUAUGGGGAUAUAAGUGAGCUGAAAAAAUUCAGAGAGGACCACAACUGCAAAAGCUUUAAAUGGUUCAUGGAAGAGAUAGCAUAUGAUAUCCCUGCACAUUAUCCGCUCCCACCCAAAAACGUGGAUUGGGGAGAGAUAAGAGGUUUAGAUUCCAACUAUUGCAUUGACAGCAUGGGUCACACAAAUGGAGGUUCGGUGGAACUUGGUCCCUGCCAUAGAAUGGGCGGCAAUCAGCUUUUCCGGAUUAAUGAAGCAAAUCAGUUGAUGCAGUAUGACCAGUGUCUGACUAAAGGGCAGGACGGCACCUCAGUUAUGAUCACACAUUGUAAUUUGAAUGAGUACAAGGAAUGGCAAUAUUUUAAGAACCUAAACAGAUUCACCCAUAUCCCAACUGGAAAAUGCUUGGAUCGCUCAGAGGUUCUUCACAAAGUGUUCUUGUCAGACUGUGACUCCAGCAAAUCAUCACAAAAGUGGGAAAUGAACAAUAUCCUUAGUGUAUAGAAUAGAAGACCACUGCACAAAGAUGAACUUGGCUGAAGACGACCUGGAACCGACUGCAACUGAGAUCUGUAUUCAGCAAGCAUCCUUUAAGACAUAAUGAAGGAGAAUGAAGAUCUCCAGGAUUAGAAUGGGGUCAUCCUGCAGUUAAUGUUUACAAGACUGCUUUUACCUUAAACUUUUUACACGUUUACAUCAUCUUGAUUCAAGAUAAUGUUUGUAAAGUGCUUCUAGCUCUGUUUGUAGGAACAAAGCUAAAGACAAUAUUUUUUUGGGAUUAUACUCAGGGGCUGGAAGGUAGUUUUUAAAACACACUUGAAAAUCAGUUGAUUAAUGUGUCUCGGUGAUUAACUAGAUUUCCAUUAGAUUUUUAUUUUAUUUUCCAAAGCACUGCCACGAUUUGUUUUAGCAAUGGUGGCUUUUGUCCGUGCUGCUGUUUUGAAUGGGAAAAUCUGAAAAUUCUUGGUGCCUCUUUAUUUCUUUUGUAUAGUAGAUCUAUGUGAUGACCAUGUGUUAACGGUGGAAGCUAACUGAUGAAUGUUUGAUGAACAUAAGGAUGCAUAGAGGGUAUAAGGGACCCUCCUAUUGUCUGGGUGCCCUAGCCACAUCACAAGGCCAUAAUUCUUAAUGUUCAUGCUGUUCCUUUGGUAAGGAGUAAGUCGUGUCAGACUUGUGGUCACCUCUAAACAAUUAUUGCUGUCCUCUAAAGGUGCAACUUUUGAUAUCUUUGGUCUAUGUAAAUUGUAUAGCCUAGCUGAGUCUACUACCCACAAUCCAAAAGUGUCUUCACACUCCACACAGUACCAGAUAUGGCACAAUGUUCUGGUUAGUGACAGAAUAUCAUAUUCCUAUUGUGGUUAUUUUUGACAUUGGAAAAAUUGAGGUUAUGGGCUUCAACUAAUCUCAGGUUAAACUGGAGUAACUAACACACUAUCGGUCAUUCUAACUCUCCAUACACAAACCACUGCAUCGCAGUAUGUGGAGAGAGCGUGUGUCGUCUAAAGUGACACGUUAGUCAUAUGUAAGAGGUACAAAUAAUCAAGCAGUAACAGUAUAUGGCUUUGUUCCCUUUUAAUUUGGUGACUGGUUCUCUUACUCAGGUCACAUCCUUUCUGAAGUUUCCCAGGAUGGAAACAUUUUGAAAGCUGCUCAAUAUAUAUUGAAGGCACAGGUACAUUAGUUUAUGACAAAUCCAUAAAGGUUGCUUUGGGACGGAUAAGGUGUGUGUUGGACUCCAGGACAUUACUUCCACAAUGAUAUACAGCCAUACCUUUAACAUAGUUCAGUAAAAUGCGUCCCGUCCUGUGGUUUCUUUUUACUCUAUGGUGUAUCUCACUGCAUAUUUUUAACGAUACGUCUUAAGACAACUGGCGACUGGGAAGCAAUAUACACAUUCACUAUAUAAGAAAGGUUUGUGAUUCUGUUUUAUAGCACAAAUUACAGGAUCAUUGCAGACUAAUCAUAUGAAAUGACAUUAUCUCCUCAGUCUAACCAGUUGGUACGUAAUGUCUGCACACACGUCAUAGUCUUUACAGUGAGAUCUUGCAUCUGAUGCAGUGUUGGAGUAUACGUUCUGCUAUAUUAUUAUACAUGACUACUGGUGGCUUAAAGGAGUUAUCUGGCAAUUAAUAUUGACCUAUGCUCUGGAUCAGAUCAGCUGUUAGAAGAGGUUGGUGCUCCGUGAGCUCCACAGACUCUUCCUAGGCCAUGUGACCUCACCAUACAUCAGGACUCUGAACCCACCGAUGUAAUAAUGAAGACUUAGGCUAAGGAUAGGUCAUCAUCAUCCAUUCCUGGAUAACCCCUUUAAGUGAUCUCUACAUAUCAGCAAACUCUUAUGAUGCCUAUAUGGUAGUGGUCAUAUGGCAAUUAAAGUUCAAUGCUUACACGGUGUGCCAACAUGACUGGCAGUACAUUCCGUCCUAUCCAACAUUGUUCCUUUGUAAAUAAUAUUUAAAAAAUCCUGCUAAUGAGUAGUGAGAAGUAGACAUGAUAUAUGAAUAUAUCCACAGCAAGCUAUUGUGCUUGUCAUUAAUUUAUUUAUUGAGGGUUUUACUACAUUAGGAGAAACCAAAUCUCUUUCGCUGUUGUCUAUACACAUUUGUUAAGAUGGUAUGAAACGAUACCUGAAAACCCCACAAUUACCAGAUUGUUUGUUUACUAUGGCUCCAUAUCUACAUACACUUAAUGGCAAAAUAUGACAGUUUACCUCCAGGCAGUACAUACCACCAAGGGCUCAUUCACACAUUUUUUUUUUUUUAAGUUUGUAAAACAUUUUUAAACAGUUUAAUUCACCUUUUUUUUAUUUUUUAUAAUUAUGUAUAAAAAUUAUUUCCAAUACAUAGCAUGUUACAACAAAUCCAUAUGGGUAUUAUUCUCAGUCCAUAGACGUCAAUGGAUAUGUUCUAUUUUUGCUUGGCUCACAUGUGUGGAUUCUUUGUUCUCUCCAUUCCUGGUGGCAUGCAAUGGAGCCCCAUUCUUGAAAUAGGAGAGGGUUCCAGAGGUAGGACCUACACCUAUCAGACGUUUAUGGCAUAUGCUGUGGAUAUUCUUUAUUCAGAUUGGACAGCCCCAUUAAGCCACUUUCAUAUGGUCAGUAUUUUUACGCCAAAGCUAGGUGUGGAACCUACAGCCAAAAAGAAUAAUGGGAACAUUUGCAUCUUCUGUUUUUUGGAUUACAAAUACUGAUGCUAAAUUCUGAGUGUGUGAAAGCGGCUUUGUAAUAUCUUCUUUCCUGGUUUGGCCAUGCUCUAAUAAUAAAGUUCAAAAUCCUGCAGCUGUUAUUUUUCCACCAGAGGCCUCAAUUUCUGUUGACUCUGUAUAGGAAUCCAUUGAUCUAAAUAAGAACUGUAUGUGUGAAUAUGAAUUGUGACUCUAAUAGAAAAUGUCAACCUCAUUCUUGCUCAAGGUGAUACUUGGAGGUGCCUUUAAAUUUUAAGUUGAACCACCCUAUGUUAAAAAUAAUGUAACUAUAACUGUGUUGUGGACACACUUUAUCAUACAGGAACUGAUUAGAAGGGAUCAUUGGAUACUCAGUAAUAAAUAAGGAUGGAGUGAACUUGUGGUUUUAAGUUUGGGGUACAAGGUUCAGGUUAUCUAAGAAUCCUGUAACGGAUUCUGCUAACCAGGGACCAUAAGUUCUGGUCCAAAGGUAGCAGAAUUCAUAACGGAAUUCUUAGAUAAGCCGAACCAGAAACUUGUACGCCGAACUUGAAGCACAAGUUCGCUCAACACUAGUUAUAAAUCAUGCUAAAUCAUAAUGCAUACAUAGGACUACUACCUUACCCCCAAUCUACUGGGUUAGGGUAGGUUCACAUCUCUGGCUAAAACUGUGAUAGUCUGUUCUGGCAGAGGAAUGGCCUACCAUAGUUUACUGCAUCUGGCAUAGCUGAAUAUUGCUGCAUACCACAUGGACUAUAAUGGGAUCUGAUGGAGGUCCGUCAGCUUUCUACUAUGGAAAGUCAUCGGAUCCCAGGGGAUGCAGCGGUAUCUAGCUAUGCAGGAUACAGUAAACUCCGGUAGUCUGUUACUCUACCAGAACAUACUACCAGAGUUUGUGGUGCAGAUGUGAACAUAGCCUUACCACAAGGUAAACAAUAUAGUUUAUGGAAAGCAAUACAAUUCUUGUCUUAUGUCAAACGAGAACCAAAGAUGUGUAAAGACUAUUGUAACUGAUAACGUGGCUAUCCCAUCUGAUGGCCAUUUUACAUAAUGGCUGGCGCUAUGACAGCACAUUACUAUGCUGGGUUAAUUUAUUGAUGACUAUGUCAUUCCGAUCUUGCAUGACUAAUAAUGGCUAAUAUUAUCACAACCUAUGAUGGAUUUUCUAUAAAUGUAUAUAAACUAAUAGUCCUUUAGUAUGAAAAUCCCAUUGAAUUAGAGCGGUGUUCACCACAUUGCAGCACAGAGGAUUAAGCGGAUCACCCGAAAGUACAGAACAUAUCUAGAAACUGUAAGGAACCAGCAUGAGCAGUCCUGAGACUGGCAAUGUCACGGAUAUCUUAUAGGUAACAUCUACUAUGCUGUUAUAUUCUUUGCAUAAAUCAUGCACUAUGGGGAGAAUAUAGCAGGCCUUUCCCUCCACAUUUCUGGCAUCAAUAAGUCACAAAAUAGGGCUUUGCAACUUUUUGGGCUUAUUUGCAAAAAGUUUUUGACAUUUUGUAAUUGUUUUUCAUCACUCACUCCAGUUUUGCAAAGUAUAGGGAGUGGACAUGGUUAGCCUGUCAAGCUAAUUUGAAGGGGUAUUCCAGUUACAUUAAGUUUUCCCCUAUCCUACUGCUUGGACCCCACCGACCAUACCCCUUGAAAUGAAAGGAGUGUCCAGUCAGGCAUGCAUGUGGCCACUCUAUUCACUUCUAUGGGAAUUCCUGUGACAGCAGUACUGUACUUGGCUAUCUCUGGAACUCCCAUAGAAAUGAAUGGAGUGGCCACGCGCAUGCCCAACCGGCAGCUACGUUCAUUUCAGGGGGCUGCAGAAGGUACAGGCACCCUUGUCAUCGUUGGGGGGUCCCAGCGGUAGGGCCCCCACCAAUCUAAUAGUUAUUCCCUAUCCUGUGGAUAGGGGAUAACUUAAUGUAACCGGAAUACCCCCGCUGAACCGCAAAAAUUGUCACAGUCUUACCCUAGGAAAGGGGUAGCAUAGACAGUAGAGUAACAUCUCAAGACAGAAGUGUAAGGGUGCCUGCACACGGUGCAAAUAUGUGUGCAGUAAUCUGCAAGAAUUCUGCACCAAAACAGCUCAUAAUUUUGCCCUAUUUAGCAGUUUUGGCAUCUUUUUUGGUGCAGGCUGCAGAUCUCACUCCGCAAAUUAAUUUCAUAAUCUGCACAGCAGGUCAAUUUCAGCACCUAUUUAAAAAGGCAAAGGGCCAGAUUUAUCAUUACCCUGACAGCUGACUCCACUUUCACAUAUGGCUAAAGUAUGUUUUAGCCAAGUCAGAUUUAUGAU